CUUAUCAGCGACGAAAGAUGGCCCGCGACGAACGUAAUUUUCGUUCUACAUAUUACGAAAAGGUCGGCUGCCGUGGAGUGGAGGAACGUAAAUCUCUAGAAAUUCUGCUCAAAGAGAAGCCCCUGAAUCUGACCAAGUUGACACAGUUCUGCAUACGGUUCACAGUGCCCAAGAUUCAUCGCACCGUGCUAUGGAAUUCCCUGCUCGGAGUUACACCAGUUUACGAUAAAUCGCGGGAGUAUGUAAUGGAGCAACGAGUAGCAGUGUAUAAUGAUUUACUUAAGGCACUUAAAACCAUGCGCAUUGUGGAUGAGAAUACCCCAACGUCCAGGGUGCUCUACGCGAUGUGGUUGUUGGAGAAGAAACAAUUGUACCUGGGGCGAGACAUAACUCAAGAAAGCCACUUUUGCAACAUUACCAAAGUGUUGUUGGAAAUAUUCGAUAACGACAUCGAAACGUACUGGAUGGCGAAAAGUCUCUACGAUUACUCCGAGGAAGUGACCCUGGAAAUGGGUAAGCUUUCCGAUCUGACGUACACAAUCCUCGAGAAGGAGGAUAACGGGUUGUACAUCCACUUGAAGUCCUGUGAUAUGCUUACCGCACUGCCAUUGUCCGAAUGGUACCGGUCUUUCUUUGCCGGCGUACUUUCGGAACCGGCGCUGAUACGAAUAUGGGACAAAAUUUGCGGAGGUGCCAUUAAAAUAGUCGUUUUUGUUAUGAUCGAAAUACUGCGCAUGCUGCGGCGCCGAGUGCUGCGAUGUGUUGAUCAAAAGAGUCUCUUCGAAUGUAUUGAUAGCAUAAAAAACGAACAGGAAACGGCCGAUGUGAUAGUCAACGCGGCGAUUGAACUGUGGCAGCAGAACAAAGGACACGAGUAUAUUCCCCAAUCAAAGGUGAAGUCAUUAAGCUAAUGGAGAAUCACACAGAACACAUUUAUGGAAUUGUUCUGCUACGUUAAUGUUUUAUUUUAAGUUGAUCUUGUUUUGUUUAACUUAGUCCUGUACUUUUGUAUAAGAAAAACCUAAAAUAUACCCUGUUA